AUGCAUCCCACCCGUGACCUCGCUAAAAGUCCUCUCUUCCAAUUGCACCCAGAAGGGCUCUCUCUUUCAGACCGCAUCCAGGUUACAUAUGAACGAGCCAAAGCAAUUGGGAAGGCGUAUGCGCUGACAACCCAGGACCUGUUGCUCUUGUCUCCGAGAUUCUGGCAGCUUCAUACCGACCCAAUUUGGAGUAUGGAUGGCGCCGCUGGUACUCUAAACACGCUUCAGUACAACUGCUGUGGAGGAACACUGGCAAUGUUCGCUAAGGGCCGGUCCGAUGUGGCAGAUAUCUUGCAGCAGGUCUUGGAGUUCAACGUCUCAGGGCAAUACUGCUUGACUGAGGUCGGUCAUGGCCUGGAUGCCUUCCACCUCGAGACGACCGCUACCUUACUACCGAACGGUGACUUCGAACUACACACACCGAGCGAGCGUGCUGCGAAAUACAUGCCACCGACGGCUCCCAUGGGCAUGCCCUGUGUCGCAAUUGUGUUUGCUCGCGCCUUGAUCGAAGGUGAAGACCGCGGAGUGAAACCCUUUCUUGUUCACAUCCAUAAUGGUAAGGAUAUGAACAAAGGCAUCGUUUGCAAAGUGCUUCCUCAACGUGGUGGAUCUCGGCCUAUGAACCACUCCCUCACCUAUUUCAAUCAUGUGCGCCUGCCUUACAGUGCGCUCCUCGGCAGCGUAGACCGGCCAAUCAAUCCGAAGAUGUCAUUCUUCCACAACAUAUCCAGGGUCGCCAUAGGGACAAUCGCCAUCGGGUCUCUCGGGGUGCCUGCGCUACAAGUCGCAUCAUUCAUAGCCGCCAAAUACAGCAUUCGCCGCACAGUUGUUAACAAUGAAGGUCAACGGAAGCCCAUAAUGGACUUCAGAACGCAGAAGAUACCUAUCGUUACCGCGGUGGCUCAAUCCUUUGUGAUGCAGGCCCUACACAACAAGAUGGUGCUGCUCUUCCGCGACGUCCAUCUUGACUAUCGCGUUCGCCACGCCAUCGCGUCGAUCCUGAAGGUCGUCAUGAUUCAGCAUGCACAAGCAGCGCAUCUGACUCUUGGUGACCGAUGCGGAGCGCAGGGUCUCUUUGAGGUGAAUCAGUUGACCGCGAUGCAUGCAGACAUGCGAGGUACGGCUAUUGCCGAAGGCGACCUCCUAGGGAUUUCCAUCCGUUUCGCAACGGAAUUACUUCUGCGGCGUUACGCUGUACCUGACGCUGGCGAUCCAUCCAGCCUUCUGGCCAAGCACGAGGCUGGUCUAUUCGAAGAAAUGCGAGAACAGCUCGCAGUCAUGAGGACCCACAGAAGUCCCGACUUCGACAGGUUGAUCCUUCCCGAAUGUCUCAACCUCGUGCAGGCUAUUGGUCAUCGCAUGGCGUAUGAUGCCGCUGUUUCCGCUGGCGUCGAUAUUUGCCUUAUCGACCUAUACGUUGCCAGCUGCGUCAAAAUCGAUGCUGCGUGGUAUGUAGAGAAACUUGGCAUGUCAAGGGCCGAGCAGCGCGCCAUGGAGAAUGACGCCGUCGACGCAGUGUUCCCGCAGCUUCAGGAACUCCUCGAACGUAUGGAUAUUGAGCCAUACAUCUCAGCCCCCAUGAUUUCCGACGAGAAGUGGUCUCACUACAUGAGCACCUUGCCGACUUUUGGAGAUACGGAGACGUUGGUACAUGCCGGCGCUGGACCUCUCAUAAAUGAUGGGCUACCCGAGAUGGCGACUACUAGUACGGUACUAGCUGUGACGGCUUAG